AUCCCGAUACGAAUGCGCAGCAGUGAUCCUCCACUCUCCCCUCAUGUCCGGCUUGCGUGUGGCCUUUCCCGACACCCGCAAAACCUACUGUUUUGAUGCCUUCCCGAGCAUUGAUAAGGUGUCAAAGGUGGCGUCUCCUGUGCUGGUCAUCCAUGGCACAGAAGACGAAGUGAUCGAUUUCUCCCACGGCUUGGCCAUGUAUGAGCGAUGCCCACGCGCCGUGGAGCCUCUGUGGGUGGAGGGCGCCGGGCACAAUGACAUCGAGCUUUACGCUCAGUAUCUCGAGAGACUCAAACAGUUCAUCACGUUUGAGCUGGCUACCUCCUGAAGACGCCGCGUGGCUCGCAGCAGGCCGAGGCGCACACACACUCACUCGUGUUGUGUAGGGUUCCCCUUUCACCCAGGGCUGAGGACGCCAUCAGUACUUGCACUUGCUGACGAAAAAAGCUGAAGUCUCUCUCUUGAUAUUUAGGAGCAGGGUGUUUUCAUCCCUACUGGGGGAAAUGUGUUUCAAUGAUUUCGAACCACUUUCUAUUCUUUUAUACUUGAUGAAGAAACUUUGACAUUUUGCACCACAUUCAAUGUUGUGUUUGAUGAUUUGAUUUUCCCUGUUUUUUUCUUUUUCUUUAAAUGCUCCUCAAGGGUUAAUUAAACUGCACUUUUAUUGUGCAGGUAUUUUCAGGUUAUAUAUAUAUUUUUUGGGAAGUAAUUAUGUCAUGGCAUUCCGUUUUAUUAUGUUUCAAGUAGAUUAGUACAAGAGAAACCAGUAACUGACAUUUUACAUGGACAGUUUAUGUGUGUGUGUGUGUGUGUGUGUGUGUUUAGGAGUGUUCAUACGCACACUUGUUUGUGUGGUAAAGGGCGCUGUCCAGUCUAAAUAAUUGCAACUUGGGCUAAUUAAAACUGGAAGACCUGUGGAAGUGACUUGUACCGUAAAUAAUGAGACGAACUAUGAAUACAGUGAGGAAGAGUCGUAUUGUCUUUUUUCAGUGGUGAAACACGGUGCUUUGUCGCAACACAACAGUCAGGGCAUUAAGUCGCAAACACUACAUCGUUCAAAUCAUGGGUUAUAUUAAAAAUGUGAAAUUUCAAGCUUUCUCCGUUGCUUUUAGCAUCGACCUUACAAUAAGCCUUAUGUUUUUAGAUAUUUUGCUCCGACAUUCCUGUCAAUGAUUUCUCGGAAAUGGGAUUUUGAAGAUUUUCACCGGACUCCCGCUCGCUGCUACUCUAAUGGGAAAAUCACUGUGAAAACUGAACCUUUGCUAGAUAUAAAUAAGGUACCGCACCUCCUCACCACUUUGACGUUCAUUCGGUUUUCCAAACAUCGGACAAAUCACAAAACCCAGGAAAAUUAUUCAUUCAAUGUUUUUAUUUUUCCCCCAUAUGGAAAAUGAAGGCCUUUGUUUGUAGACAUUUCACCAUAGCAUUACACAACAGGAUGACCAGAAGUGUUUUCCACGCUAAUGAAGGACGUUGAUUGUUACCAAACAGGUGCGAUCAUCUGAUUGUGUUUUUAACGCAUGGCAGAAGUUGUUGUUGGUAAACUUGACUGUAAGGUUAUGCAGUGGCGGUUCAUGUAUGACGAUGUUCGGAGAUGAAGCUCCUUGACCUUAUGGGACUUGACUCUUUUUAAGGAAUGGCAGAAACUGACCACAUCUUAGCCUGUCAUUGCUUUUGAUACUGACAUUUUUACAAUGUUUUUUCAGUAAUGAUUAAUAUUAACACCUCUUUUAAUGCUGGUUUGUAAGAUAACCGUAUUGUACAUCCUCUCUAUCUCUCUUUCUCUCUCUAUAUAUAGGUCUGUAAAAUAUGAAGUAAAUGGUAUUUAGCUUUGAUUUUUAUUGACACUGGAAUCACUGUAUGCAAAUAUGAUGCAGAGAAAACCCUUAUUGGUACAGACACUUUUGUGUGUAGGUUUCUUUUUUUUUAAAUGUAUAUUUAAAGCCUUAAAUGUGUGCAAGAACAUUAUUGUUCUUUCUGUUGGUUGUUGCUUCAUUGCAACACAGUGGUUAUUGUAUUGCAUAUAAAGGAAUAAAGGAUGCAUGGAAACCCAAA